GCACUUGACGCGGACUUAGGGGAAACCAAACUACACCCAGAUCCGCUCCCUUUCUCCUGAUCUCAGUCCGGCACUGCGAGACUCUCCGCGGACGUUACGGACGGUACAGCUCGAUACCAUCUGCCAUCUGGUGGGAAAUGCGUCACAGCCUUGAUUAGGUAAAAGGAUACAGGUGUGCAGAAGGAAUGUGGUUGUGGUGGUGGAAAUAAACGCAUUGGAGCUGAAGACAUCUGUCUGGUUCUGAUCGGUGACCUGCAGCGGAUUACAUUUUAAGAGAUUCCAGCAAAGAAACAGCAGGGGAGAAACAACAUCUUUACAGCUAUGUUGAAGGGCCCAAUAUUGGCUGCAUGGCUGGUGUAUUUCCUGUGUCAUGUUUAUCCUGUUAAAUCCGGUGUGAUCUGCGAUGAGUCCAAAAUGAUAAUAGGGGUUGAGAAGUCUAAAUAUCGUAAACUCAUUAAGGUGGAUUUACGGAUCAAUGACGCCACCAACGCCGCCUGCCGCCUCAGCUCCAACAGCACUCACUUCUUCGCUGAAGUCCCCCUCAACGGUUGUGGCACUCAGAUCGAGGAAAAUGGUGAAAACCUAAUUUUCAAGAAUACAGUCACCUUAGUCAACAACAUAAACGACGUGAUCAUCAGGAAAUGUCUUCUGGAACUGAAGUUCGAAUGCACGUACCCCAAAAGUGUAAAAGUGAAACAGAGCUUCAGUGCACACAGGAAGAAUGUCGUAGAGUCGGAGAAAGGCCUCGGCACGUUCACCUACAACUUUGAAUUUUAUCCUGAUAAGCAGUUCCAAGCCCCGCUUACACCAGAUUCAUACCCUCUGGACUGUGAUAGUGAGCAAACGCUUUUCAUGCAGAUAGAGGUCGCCUCCUCAAUUGAAAACAUUGAGCUGUUUGUGGAGUCCUGCAGUGCGUCACCAUACGACAUUCCAAACUACGAGACAACCUACUCCAUCAUUGAUAAAGGGUGUAAAGUGGACCCGACUGUUAAAAAUUAUAGCCGCGCCCACGACACAAAAUUCAGGUUCAGCUUGGAUGCCUUCAAGUUUAUCGGCUUGCAUGACCAGGUGUACAUCAGCUGUUCAGUCAUAAUCUGUAGAUUAGGAAGACCUGACACCAGGUGCUCGCAGGGAUGCAUCAAUUCCAGAAAACGACGAGAUGAUCAGCAACAUCACCUCACAAAGAGAGAGGUUGUCACUCAGAGUUCAAGGCACUUCGUUUCCCAGGGUCCUCUGCGCUUAAGGAGAUCAGUAGAGAGCCCCAGAAGCCCAGUGAUCAACCUGAAUCUGAACCUGGUUUUCAUCGCUGGAUGUCUCCUUGCAGCCGUUGGCAUGAUCAGUGCCACGGUCGUCUACAAAGCCACACUAUCAAGGGUCAAAUACCAACCUUUGUCCGCAUUUGAAAGUUAAGACAGCAGCGUGUGCAGGAUACCAAUCAUGUAUUAACUACAUUUGACUACAUAAAGCAAAGUCAUUACUCUUAAACUAAUUAAUAUCCUUGAAAAAAUGUUAUGCUAUGCCUAUAUCUUACAAAUGCUUCUACUAUUAUGUAUUACACUACGAUUUAAAACGUAAAGUAUCUUGCUUGAUAUGUGUAGUCCUAACCAUUCAUAAUCAUUCCAAUGUCAUCAUUACAUGACAAAAGCCCUUUAUGGCUUAACCAAAGUCAAUAAUCAUACACUUGCUUAAUGGAUCAAUAAAAACAUAUAUUCUGUUGCAUAUA